AUAUGAUAUUUGAAUAUUAAAGGCUCAAUAAUAUAAUUUCAUAAGAUAAUCCAUAAUUGAAUUGAGAAUUCUACUGAAGCCUUAUUUAACCACAACAGAGGACACCGAGAGGACGCUAGCUCUCGGUGAUUAACUAUAGAGAGAAACGGUGCUUACUAAAUCACUAUUUCAAUAAUUUAAUUUAGUACUCGAAGAGAAUCACAAAAUCGUGAAUAUUAUUUACGAUAUUGACUGUUUAGAACAUACAGAUGCUUCAAAAUAAAUCGUGCAGGUUAUGUUGCAAUUCUCAGCCCGAGCACACUCAUGACUCAAGUCGAAUCGUCCUCGGUAUCUCUCAAGGGUACGGCGAUCAACCAACUGAAUUGAACUGAACUGUUAGAGCUACGAUCUCGGAGGUACGAGGUUACGUAUAACCGAUACAUUAUAAAAUUUUACGAGGCAAUCAUGUCGUAUCUAACGGGAGGUAGACUGAACGUUGGACUCAUUCAGGAACAGGCGAGGAAGCGACUGCUUUGCCUGCUGGAAAAGUGCGAUGGCCCGAAGGCUAUUAUAUGGGAUCAGUCGUUGGCCGGACCGAUCGGUCUUGUCGCAAAGUAUAAUUUGCUGGAAGAAUACGGAGUCGUGAAGAUGUAUCCAUUGUACGGUGGAACUUUAACGAUACCGACUAACAUUGCUAAUGUCAUAUUUAUCUCGAGACCACAGUUAGAGCUCAUGGAUUUGAUUGCCGAGAAUGUUCACGGAGAAGAAGGCAAGAGGCCGCGCAAAGAAUUUCACUUGUUCUUUGUGCCACGUAAAAGUCUACUUUGUCAAAAAAAGCUCCAGAAUCGUGGUGUCUUUGGCAGCUUCACGCUGAUAGAAGAAUUCAAAUGCGACCUCUUCCCGUUUGACAAUGAUCUACUGUCAAUGGAACUGAGUGGAUCCUUCAAGGAAUUUCACCUGGAAAAUGAUCCCACUUGUCUGUAUCAAGUUGCGCAGGCCAUACAGGGCUUGCAGAGAUUAUAUGGCAAGAUUUUGAAAGUGACGGGAAGGGGACCAGCUGCUAGCAAGGUUUGGGAAUUGCUGGAGAGGCUAAAUAGAGAGGAGGAAGAUAUUAAAUCAAUACCAGCUUCAUCCGUUACCAUUGAACACUUAUUAUUAUUGGAUCGAUCUAUAGAUUUACUCUCACCCUUAGUUACACAGUUGACUUACGAAGGAUUAAUUGAUGAAAUAUAUGGAAUAAAAUACAAUACUGUACAAUUACCUGCAAGAAAAUUCCAUGAUUCCGAUGACUCUCCUACGGCAAUGUCUCUAAACGAAAAAGAACAAAUCAUAUUAAAUUCAGGAGAAGAACUUUUUGCCGAGAUUAGAGAUAAAAAUUUUAACGGUGUCGGCCCAGUUCUCAGUAAGAAAGCUAAAGUGAUUUCAUCUCAGUUUGAUGAGAGACACGGAGACAAGAGUGUGCAAGAGAUUAAACAGUUUGUCGCAAGAUUGCCACACAUGCUAGCAACAAAGCAAUCUUUGGCAAGGCACACCACAAUUGCGGAGAUGAUAAAAGAAGUAACGGAUUCGAGCAACUUUCUAGAAUCAUUGCAGGUCGAGCAAGAACUAUUAAAUUGUAUCGACACGGACAAGCCAAACGCAUACAUCGAAGAUAUGAUAGCGCAGCAACAACCACUACUCAAAGUUCUACGUCUCCUUUGCAUACAAUCAUUGACGAACUCCGGCUUAAAACCAAAACUAUUAGAUUACUAUAAGAGAGAAAUAAUUCACACUUACGGAUUUCAACAUUUACCAACUCUAUUAAAUCUGGAGAAAGCUGGAUUGUUAAAGCAACAGCAGUCAGUGCGACAAUACGCGGUUCUAAGGAAAGCGUUAAGACUCACUGUCGAGGACGAGAGUGAAAUAACACCGAAAGAUAUCAGUUACGUGCAUUCCAUAUACGCACCACUGAGCAUAAGACUGGCCGAGCAAUUGGUACAACCAAACGGAUGGCAAGGGUUAAACGACGUGAUGGGAUUGUUGCCAGGUCCUACCGUAAGCAGUGUCCCAUACAACGUAUUCUCAUCAGCAAGACGAAAUUCUAUUACUAGUGAAGAUUCCAGUUCGGAACCACCAAAGUUAAUUCUAGUAUUUUUUAUCGGAGGAUGCACUUUCGCGGAAAUAUCUGCUCUUCGCUUUCUGUCGCAACAAGAAGACUUAAACGUCGAGUUUGUCGUGGGAACUACUAGAUUGAUUAACGGCAACACGUUUCUCACUUCCUUGAUGGAAGAUCUAGAACGCACGUGAGAAGGGAAAAUGUUUAAACUAAAGUAUCAAAAUAAAAUAUUUAAUAUGUUUCUUGUGAUAAAGGAAAACUGUAAAUAUUACAAAUUUAUUUCCUAUUAUUUUAUAUUCAAUUAUAUAUAUAUAAUUCUUUAAAAAUAAGGCAGUUUUUAAAAAAUCUUGUAGAUACUAAUUUAUGCAUUUUGUACACAACACGCGUGCGCGUGUGUGUGUGUGUGUGUGUGUGUGUGUGUGUGUACAUGAAAAUAUACUGCUAUGAUACACGAA